CGGCCUUGGUGCCCUCGGAGACGGCGUGCUUGGCCAGCUCUCCCGGCAGGAGGAGGCGGACGGCCGUCUGGAUCUCGCGGGAGAUUCGGCGGAUUGAGUCAGGAUGUCUGGACGCGGCAAGCAAGGCGGCAAAGCCAGGGCUAAGGCCAAGACUCGCUCUUCCCGCGCCGGGCUGCAGUUCCCCGUGGGCCGCGUGCAUCGGCUGCUACGCAAGGGCAACUACGCGGAGCGCGUCGGGGCCGGGGCGCCCGUCUACCUGGCCGCCGUGCUGGAGUACCUGACGGCCGAAAUCCUGGAGCUGGCGGGCAACGCGGCCCGGGACAACAAGAAGACGCGCAUCAUCCCGCGCCACUUGCAGCUGGCCAUCCGCAACGACGAGGAGCUGAACAAGCUGCUGGGCAAAGUCACCAUCGCCCAGGGGGGCGUCUUGCCCAACAUCCAGGCCGUCCUGCUGCCCAAGAAGACCGAGAGUCACAAGGCCAAAGGGAAGUAAAGCCAGCCCGCUCUCCGCCGCCCAGAACGACCCCCAAAGGCUCUUUUAAGAGCCACCCACCUUUUCUUGGAAAGAGCUGGGGAGAACAAAUUCAUUUUUUGGGGGGGGGAUGGGGAAAAUACUUUAAAAAAGUCGAGCAGGAAUCUCUGAUUUCCCUGGCAAUAACCAAAAUUCAGGGAUUUAAACGGUCAGGCUGGAAAUUUGCGCAAAAAAUCGCGCUUUUUUUUGUGCUAAAUGAAACAACUUGCUACUCAACCCGAAGAUUACGGCCACUCUUCAGUUUUCCAACUAGAAUAGAGUAAUUUUAUUGUCACUUUAAAUGUAGACAAUAAUCAGCAUAUAUUAAAAUGGGAUUUCGUUGCAAACGGCUCUCGGAGGGUAACCACUUCCAAUAUACAUUGUAUAAAUAGGACAAAGAUAAUGCAUAUUCCCACAUACACAUGACCCACAGAAAACAGUCUAAUUCGGAUGUGUUACAUGCACAUGGCGAGAAAAACGAAUCUUGCUAGUUUACCAGGUAGAUGACAUUAGGGAACAACUAUGUUUAAAGUAAUAAAAUAAAUUGGGUUUUCUUUAAAGCCAAUUCAUUUCACCCCCCCCCCGUCUUAUUCACACAACCCCUUUAACUCGAUCGUCCAGAAGUUUUAGCUACAUUCGCCCACUUUAAGCUUAGCUACUCUUAAUUUUUUUUUUAAUGGUCCCUUUGGUUUCAUAUUCUGCCGCAAUCCGGAGGACGAAUUAAAACUUAAAAAAAAACAAACAUCCCAAAGAUGUGUGAACACAACCCGUGUUAAUAAUUAAAACGAGGUUAACGAGUUUCAAGGUUUAAAACACUCUGUCGAGGCAAUUCGCCCCACUUAAUAAGCAACUUUGAGAGAAUUGAUACUGUAAAUUCACAAGUGAAAUGUUUCAAAGUGGCCAUAAAAGUUUUAUAAUGUUAAAAAGCCCUGGGGUACAACCUUCCAACAAAUCGGAAGUCUGGCCAGCGCCUUUUCAACAAUCACGUUUUUUAAAAAAGCAUAAGCUUUCUCUUUAGUUGAGAAAAAAAAAAAAAAAAGGAAAAGCGCUGACAGACUUUCAGCCUUGUUUUUCCGCCCCUGUUCAAAAUCCUAAACUUCGCGCCAAUUCAAAGGAGGAAGCGAUUGGCUGCCAUCCAGCCGGCCGCGGGAGUUUUUGAAAAAGAAGUUGAGCCAAUCGUUUGCAAGUGCGGGAAUUUUGAAAAAAAAAAAAGGCAAAAAUGUAAGCCCGGCUGGAAAGACAAACGCGUUUUUUGCGUCCAUGCCUGAAUGGAAGAAAUAGAUCUCUUUGGAUUCUCAUGGAUCAAAUAGUGCAUUUUGAACAUAUUUUACAGUGAUGCACAGUUUAAAAAUUUAUUAUUGUAAGCUGCCCAGAGUCACUGAGAGUGAAUGGGCAGCCAUAUAGAUUUUCUUAAAUAAACAAGACCGAUGAAGCAGAAUGUAGCUCAAUGUAGUUGAAAUGAGGGGGUCCUUGGUGCUCUCUGAGCUUGCUUGUUUUCUUGCAGAUCUUUCAUUACCCUAACUAGGUAACAUCAUCGGUGCUAGUAAGAAGUGCUAUUUGCUGUCAGUUUAUAUUCUGGUGUCUCCUAUUAUAUUUAAAGGGACUUACUGCUAACUUAGAUACCACUACUUUGGCUUGCUACCUAUUUUAUUUGAAUUGAUUUGGUUAAACAUAUUGUUUUAAAGCUAAGAGCUUGAUGCAGGAUAAGUAGCAUUCUUCUAUUUCUCGUGUUGCCAACAGCCCUGUGAGGUAGGCCAGGCUGGGACACGACCAGGCCAAAAGUCUCCUAGGAUGUGGAUGGACUUGCAUUUGGGCCUCUCGGAUCCUUUUGAUUAAGACAUUUUCUUAACAUUGCUGACUUCUUUGUUACUAGAUAAGCUAUUGUGAGAUGUAAAAAACCCAAAUUUUGAUACUCACAAUACGAAGACAAGACUGGUUAACAAAACAAAGGUUUAUUGGAGAAUAACAUAAAAAGAAUAAAAAGGAAAGAGAAGGAAAGAGAAGAAAGAAGAGGCGUUUGCAAUCGCGGCCUCCCGGAUCCUUCCCAAUGGAUUGGGUUCCAGGAGAACACUGGCCUGGUCUCAAGCUCUGCAUUUUAUACUAGUGGUUCUCAACCUUUUUAAUGCCACGACCCCCAACCGGUCAUAAGUC